AUGGCAGCCUCCGCAAAGUCACCCACAGAUCAAGAUGAAAAGCAAACAAACGAGAAUACAAAUGCGAACGCUCAGAAAUCUGAAGAUACCAAAGAAGACUUUGGUUACUAUUUCUACCCGGAUAGAGACAAAAAGAAAAAGAAAAGCUUUCUGGAGAGAGCCUGGCUGCGCGAAGAUGUUCAUCACUUCAAAUGCGAGACACACGUCAGGUCAUGCAUGGAGAGCAAUCCCAAAGUGAAAUUACUGGCUGGUGCCUUGGAGAGCUAUGGCUGCCCGGUUGAUGUAAAAAGACACAUCUCGUGCGAGACCUGCAUCAGAGGAGUUAGUGGAGGGUUUGAUCCUAAAUCAAUGCAGGUGGUGUUAUGUCAAAACACUAUACAGAACAGAGAUAUAUGUUGCAACAUAAUUGGCCAUGAACUUCUUCAUGCAUUUGACUUCUGUCGAGCUAAAGUUGACUUCACAAAUUUGAGACAUCUGGCAUGUACAGAGAUUCGAGCUGCCAACAUGUUCCACUGCUCUCUGGGUGCAUCAUUUGCUUCAGGGGAAGCCAGCUUUUUCAAUAUUAAAGAAAGGCAUCAGCUGUGUGUGAAAAAUAAGGCCUUACAGUCUAUACGACUGGUGCGGAAUGUAACGGAGUUAGAAGCAAUGACGGUGGUGGACGAAGUGUUUGACAAAUGUUAUAACGACACUGAGCCAAUAGGUCGCCGCUGCUUCAAGAAUACAGGGAGAGCAAAGAGGGCAUUAGAGGAGUCUAGGAACUAUUACGAUUUUGACUGA